UUCGCUUUGCAUCUCGUCAAAACAAAGCGGGGGCGCGCAGAGAGACAGAGACACAAAGAGACAGACAGACAGAGAGGAGCGGAGCAUGCUUCAUGAAUGAGUCCUCCACCAGCCCGGUAGCCGGUACCUCUGUUCUCCGCUGUGCCCGCGAGGCAGCGCAGCUCGGCGGGGAUCAGUAGAGGAACCAGCCACUGAUGAGACCCGGACAGGAAACACUACAUGAACAUCUGAUCCCUUCAGGAAGAACCGGACCGGAUCACACACGGUGAGACACGAUGCUUGAUGGACUCCGGCGGAGGCAUGCCUCCCGGCCCUCCUCCCGACCCCUGUCACUCAACUUCAGCACCUUCUCCGCUCCUCCCCCGAGCCCGGACAUGGACAGCAGCAGUGAGCAUCCAAUCAGGAGGACUCUGCACCGGCUGAAGCUGAUGAGCUCCCCGAGCCUCAGCGAGCUGGGAAAGAGUGAGAAAAGUUCACCAGAAGACAGAGGAGAGAAGCAGAAGAGGGCAGGAGCCAACGCCACCUGGAACAGCAUCCACAACGCCGUCAUAGCGGUCUUCCAGAAGAAGGGUUUGGCAGAUAACGAACUCUACGCCCUCAACGAAGGUGUCCGGCAUCUGUUGAAGACCGAGCUGGGCUUCUUCUUCACAGAAUACCUUCAGAACCAGUUGCUGACCAAAGGCAUGGUCAUCCUCCGGGACAAAAUCCGGUUCUACGAAGGUCAGAAGUUACUCGACUCUCUGGCAGAGACCUGGGACUUCUUCUUCUGUGAUGUUCUCUCGAUGCUGCAGGCCAUCUUCCAUCCGGUUCAGGGUAAGGAGCCGUCUGUCAAACAGCUCGCUCUGCUUCACUUCAGGAACACCAUCGUCCUGAGCGUAAAGCUGGAGGACGCCCUGUCUCGACCUCGGGCCCGUGUGCCCCCCUCGGUUACACAGAUGCUGCUCAUUCUACAGGGGGUCCAUGAGUCGCGCGGUGUGAAUGAGGACUACCUGAGGCUCGAGUCCCUGAUUCAGAAGGUGGUCUCGCCCUACCUGGGCACGCAUGGGCUUUACUCUGGAGACGGUGCUGAGACCCAUUGCUGUGUUCUGGAGAAGCGUUCACCGUGGGGCUGGUCCAAGUCUGCGGAUCAACCCUCUAAGAACCCGGUGGUACGAUCGAAGAGCUACAACAUCCCUCUGCUGCUGACCCCCGUGGCUGAGUAUGACCCAGAUGCCGGCUCUGUUGGCAGCGGAGGAAUUCGGCGCCACUCGGCCUGUGAGAUUAUCACAUGCCUGGAGGACCAAGGACUGGCCUACACUGGCCUGGCCUCGGGACCUGAACUGUCUGGCCCCUCCUCCAACCGGCUGUGUGUGGGCUCUGCGUUCAACGGUAUUGUACAAGCGGGAGCGAGUGCCAUGGCGUUGCCUCUUUCGUCUCCAUCAAUCCUUCACUCCUCAGGAGCUCUGCAUGGCACCGAGGCCACGACAACAAUGACUGAUCUCAGCAAGGGCGCCUCCUCCACGCCGCCCAGCGAAUCAUCCAGCCCCGAAACCAUCAUCGGACAAGUGCUGGAGUCUGCAGACUCCGACUCCGACGGGAUAUUCAUUGAUUUUCCACCUCACUCCUCAGAGGCUAUGGGGUACCGCCACGAGGGCAGGCAGAGCACCGUGUAGCUGUGGUCGCCUUUAGGAUCACACACACACACACACACACACACACACACAGUGUGUACGGUAAUAAUCUGUGAGACAGAUUAAAGAAACAUUUCAUUAAAUUGGUACCACCUUCCUUUCUUACUCGUCCAUUCCAAGUGCUUCACUGGUGAGUGAAAACCUCGCAACUCUAAAAUAUCAACUUUAUAAGAGCUAAGAAAAACAUCUUUAUACAACAAAAUACAAAGAAAAUCACAGUGGAAUAAUUAUUAUUAUUAUUAUUAUUAUUAUUAAAGGACUGAAUGUUUUUCAGCUUGAGGGCACCGUAGUUGUGACUUUAUCUUUAGCUUUGUAUCCAGAGCUUUCAAAUGUUUCCAUAAACCCAAAAUAAAUCACGUAAUGUUCUUUAGGAAUAAGUCCGGUGAUAUUCUAUAUUUUUCUUAUUGACAACAAAUCUCAUGAAAAGACUAAAAUCAACAAGGAAUCGGUCCCAGAAAGUUCUGCCUCUGAAGCCAAACAUGAAACGACUAAAAACACGUCAAUGAGCGACUCAGUUACAGUUAGACACAUGUUCCUCUGUCUGGAUGUGUAUUAAUCUGCUGCUGAAAGGAGACCCCAACAGAUGCACUAUUUAUUCCUGUUUAUGUUUAAAACUACAGUGUCCUGAUCUUUAAAGGAAUUAUUUAGCUUUGUUGAAUUUGAAUCUGUUUAUUUGUGACCCAUGUUUUAAAGAUUCAUUAGUCUUUAGUAGAAAUGAAUGAGCUUGGUGCUGAGUGUCUCAGACAGACUGAGGAAGUCAGAAAGAAUCCAGUGAUGGAAUAAAACACAUUGAGAUUUGUUGACAAUAUCAAAAAUAUACAAUAUAGUCUUUAUGUAAUGAUAAUGUACAGCGAGCCGGUCAUUGUUCUGAAAUAAACCCUGACAUGACGAUGCAGCCGUUUAUUUCACAACAAUGACCCGCUAGCUGUACAUUAUCCCGCUUAUUACACAGCUGCUCACUGAACAAAUCAAUAAUGUGACACAAAAACGCUCCUCCAGAGUCCGACAUCAGAGCUGCGCACAUAGCGACGGUCUGUUAUACAUAGCAACGGUCUGUUAUA